GAAAACAGGUGGAAUAAUGGAUAAGAAAGUCUGUAAGGCAGCUGUUGAGCCCAUGACAAUCUAUGUGUGGGACAUGGAUGAGACUCUUAUACUUCUGAAGUCCUUAUUAGAUGGAAAAUAUGCUGGGGUUUUUAAUGGUGUGAAGGAUGCAAGAAAGGGUGUUGAAAUUGGCAAGCAAUGGGAGAAACACAUUCUUAACAUUUGUGAUGAAUGCUUCUUCUACAAAGAGAUUGAAAAAAACAAUGAACCAUUUCUUGAUUCUUUGAUUGAAUAUGAUGAUGGACGGGACCUAUCUGAUUAUGACUUCAAGAAUGAUGGAUUUAGUUUUCCUUAUGAUGAUUCCAAUAAAAGAAAACUUGCUUAUCGACAUCGUUUGAUUGCAGAGAAGUACUCACAGGGUUUACCUAAGUUACUUGACCAACACUUGAUUAAACACUGGAAUGAUCUAUACAACUUGACUGAUUGCUAUACAGAUGGAUGGCUUUCUUCAGCACAUUCUCUCUUGGAACAAAGUAUGGGAAAAACUAACUCAGCAGAAACUGACAUUCAAACCGACUUGAAUCCAGCUGGCCCCAGUACUAACAAAGGCAAAAGUGUGAAUGUCCUCGUCACUUCAGGAUCGCUGGUUCCUAGUCUUGCCAAAUGUUUGCUUUACAGAUUGGAUGAUGUUAUCCCUGCUAAAAAUGUUUACAGCUCAUGGGAAGUAGGGAAGCUUCAGUGCUUUUCAUGGAUCAAGGAGCGGUUUAGGGGCCUGAAUGUCCGCUUCUGCGCCAUCGGAGACGGGCCAGAAGAAUGUGCAGCUGCAGAAACAAUGAGAUGGCCAUUUAUCAAAAUAGAACUGCGACCUAGUUGCCCUUAUAGGUUCCCAGGUCUUACUAUGAAAAUCGUUCAGAGUCGAAUCGAUGCAAUUUACGGCCUUCCUGAUGACGAAGUGGAGGAUAUUUUUGCUGUAGAAGAUGAAGUGGAAGACAUGACAGACUGAAGUGGCGGUGCAUUAAUUAUGCCAGAUCACUCCUUGCAGCCCGAGAGCUAGUAAAAAAUCUUGUGAUCCUUUCAGUUGUUAAUUCUCUUGAAGAAUCAGGCCAUCCGACUAUCCAUUGUCAUUGUCGACUUGAAUGAAUGAAUGAACGAACGGCAGAAUUACAAGCUUCUUCGUGCAGGAAUUGUGUUGGAGUGCUUC